AAGAAGAGAGUCUCUGGAACGAAUCAAACACCAUACUCUCCUCAAUGACGUAGGUUUAGAGCCAAAACAGAGCAGCUUGUGUUGCAGACACAGAUCAGUGAUCUCAGACAGCAGUCUGCCUUGACCCUUGCCAUCGUUAUAACGGAUUGAGUCGUACAGUACAGCGCAUAAGCAACCGUGCAAAUAUCGAAUAACGCGUCUCUGUCACCUACUUCUCACCUGUCUCCAACCCCACCUGUAAUUAUCGCGAGAUCUCACUGACGGGGUUCGGUCAAAGUCUCGUGUCAGCGGAGAAAGUGACGUUUUGAUCUGGAAAACCAAAACAAAUGUGAUCGACACCCUUUAAGCAGGGUCCCUGGUUCUGUAAAAUGUGAAAUCUUCUGGCAUGUAACGUUAAGCACAUAACACCAAAGCUUCUUUCCCUGAUGAAGCUAUGAGCCAGCCUUCCAGAAACCAUCGUCCGCAGAGAGAGAGAAACGGAGGACAGCAUAGUGAGAGGCGAGACCGAGAGCCCCGCAGCCGACGGGACAGUCCCAGUGACUGGUCAUCUGGCCAGCCCUCUUAUAACCCCAGAGGUUCUCAGAGACAUGUGAGGAGCGAUCCUCGAGAGGAGCGCCAGGAGUCAAAGUGCUCUCACAUCUGUUCCAGGAGAGGUAUUGUGUUGAUAUGUGCCGUGCUGACCAAUGCGCUGGUGCUCAUAUGCGUGGUGGCUGCUCACAUGUCACAGAUGGGCAUGUCUGCGAUGGGCAUGGGCGGAGGGAACUUCAUUGAUGCCAUGAUUCCUUUUGAGGGGGUGGAGCUGAAGCAGGUGCGUGAGCUUGACAUGCAGUUCGGACAGAUGAGAGCACCAGGAGUCUAUGGAGGUGUGGCCUUCUGCCUCACUUUUGGUGCACUUACACUCCUGUUUGUAGUGUCCAGCAGCAAACCCCCCCACAUGCUUCCAAGGAAGCUCCUGAUUGGACAGUUUGCCUUCCAGAUCAUUGGUGCAGUGGGUUACGUGGUUGCUGUAGGUUUGUACCUACACUUCGUGAUCUCCGUGAACUCAACGGAUGUGUGCACCCGGCGUGAACGACUGUAUGCUCGUAACGGAUAUACCUGGAUGAACUGUAGCGUAGGUGGGGGGGAUGCAGCUGUUGCACUGUUUGGAAUCAUAACUGCAAUUCUGUAUGCUGCCGGGACCUUUUUAACGGGACAAACAAUCCAGGAUGUCAGACGUUACUUGAAGGAGCGUGACCGCUAUGAAGCCGAACGCAGAGAACAACCCAGAAGUCCUCUGAAAACACCUGCUCAUGCUGACACUCACGUCUGAGUUGUGCAGCAAACUCGUAACCCUCUGGAAUGGAUGUAUAUAAACUGGCUUUCUUUAUUUUUUUAAACAAUUUUGACUGUGAGAAACCUGUUUUUAGAAUUUGUAUGCAUAUUAUAGUCUCAGGCUUUUUAAUUAUGACAUUUUUCAACUAAUAAACAGUGAAUAAAUAUUGUAUAAAGGUU